AGAGAGACGGCGCGCAUGGCGACCGCGGCGGCGGCGGGGGUGGCGUCGCUCCGAUACUUCCCUUCCUCCCUGAGGAACCGCGUCUGCCCCGGAACUACCAGCGGCGGCGGUGCGGUCACGUUUUCUCCGCGGCGGGGUCGCGGUGCGUCGGCGGCGGCCGUUGCGGCGCCAUCGCGGGAGGCUGAGCCGGCCUCCUCGCUCGGGGACCUCACCCGCGUAGACUUCCCCAUCCUCGACCAGGAAUUCGAUGGUAAUAAAUUAGUUUACUUCGACAAUGGUGCCACAUCGCAGAAACCCUCUCAUGUAAUGAAAGCCCUAGAUGACUAUUACCGAUUUUAUAAUUCGAAUGUUCAUCGUGGCAUUCAUGCUCUCAGCGCGAAGGCUACUGGUGCGUAUGAGGCUGCAAGAAUAAAGGUUGCAAAUUUCGUGAAUGCGGCUGAUAGUAGAGAGAUUAUUUUCACUCGUAAUGCUACAGAAGCUAUCAAUUUAGUAGCCUAUUCAUGGGGCUUAUCUAACUUAAAGCAAGGAGACGAGAUUGUUCUUACAGUUGCGGAGCAUCAUAGUGCGAUUGUUCCUUGGCAAUUUGUUUCCCAGAAGACUGGUGCUGUUCUAAAGUAUGUUGGGCUGACUAAAGAAGAGGUUCCAGACAUUGAGCAAUUAAAAGGGCUUCUGUCAAACAAGACAAAGAUUGUUGUUGUCCAUCAUGUUUCAAAUGUACUGGGUUCAAUGCUUCCUAUUGAGGAGAUUGUAGCAUGUUCAAACAGAGUCGGAGCUAAAGUUCUUGUAGAUGCUUGUCAAAGUGUCCCCCAUAUGCCAGUUGAUGUUCAGAAGCUUGGUGCCGAUUUUCUUGUCGCAUCCUCGCAUAAGAUGUGUGGCCCUACAGGCGUCGGAUUCUUGCAUGGAAAAUUCGAGAUCUUGUCAUCUAUGGAGCCUUUCUUAGGUGGUGGUGAAAUGAUUGCAGAUGUGUUCGAAGACAAAUCUACAUAUGCUGAGCCACCUUCUAGAUUUGAGGCUGGAACUCCUGCCAUUGGAGAGGCUAUUGCAUUGGGAGCAGCAAUAGAUUAUCUGUCAAACUUUGGCAUGCACAGGAUCCAUGAGUAUGAGAAAGAGUUGGGGGCUUAUCUUUAUGAGAGCCUUCUUUCCGUUCCAAAGGUUCGGGUCUAUGGUCCAGCUCCUUCCCAAAGUGAUCACCGUGCUCCUUUAUGUUCUUUCAAUGUUGAGAAUGUUCAUCCAACAGAUAUUGCAGAAAUUCUUGAUCUUCAGCAUGGCGUGGCAAUUCGGUCAGGGCAUCAUUGCGCACAGAUUUUGCAUCGAACCCUCGGUAUCACCGCAAGUGCCCGUGCCAGUCUUCACUUCUACAACACAAAGGAGGAGGUGGAUGUCUUCAUCCACGGACUUAAAGAUACCAUCGAUUUCCUUACUUCCCAACACUAGUGCAGUCCAGGCAGCAACGUACAGAAAACCUACGCCUGCUCAUACUAAUGCCUGCUGUCUAUCAGGCUUUUCUUGUAAAUCAAGCAUGGGAAAGUUUAUGUAAUCCUUUUUGCAAUCUUGAAGUUUUGAAAUAAGCCUUAUGUAGCUCGGGCAGUUCAAUUUGCAUUCUGAAACCAUGGAAUAAGCAUAUAUGUUCAUUAGAUCCACUUGUGGGCAGAAAUCCUACAUAAGUAGAUAUGGAAAUUAUGUCUGAAAGAGAAUGGCAAAGAUCCAUGUAACUUUUGACGCCUCAGACAUUGCAUGGUGCUACUGCACCUGCAUUUGCAUGCA